CCGGGGUUUGAGCACAGGCUUCUGCCGGCUGUGUCACGGGAAGUUCUCCUCACGGAGCCUGCGGAACGCUUUUGGGAAGGUCCCCGUGAUGGGCGAGAGCUCCGAGAAGCAGCGGCGCCUGGACCAGGUCUUCUUCACGGAUUUCCAGCGGCUGGUGGGGGUGGCCGCCCGGCAAGACCCGUCUUUGCCCCAGUUUGUCUGCAAGAAGUGCCACGCCCAGUUCUAUAAGUGCCGCAGCGUCCUCAAAGCCUUCAUCCAGAAGGUGAACGUCUCGCCCGCGGGACACCUCAAGUCCCCAGGAAAGAACAAUGUUGUCCAGCCUCCGUUGCCUGCUGCUGCUGCUGCUGCUGCUGCUGCUGCUGGCGAGGUUCCUUGCUUGGACCUGAUCACGUCUAGCCCCCAGUGCCUCCGCAACUUGGUGAUGUGGACCCACAGCCACGCCGAGAGCUGCCGGACCGCUCCGAGCCUGCAGAGUGUGCUUUCCUCCGAGUACUGCGGGAUCAUCCGAGCCGUGUGGGGCUGUGCAGACGGCCACGACUACGUCAUGAGCACGGAUUCGGACUGCAGCGCCUUGCUGGUGGAGAACGCCUUGGCCGUCAAAUGGGAACUGAACAAGGGCGCCGCGCGGCCUCCGACGGGCAACGGGGUGGGUGCCCAGAGCUCGGGAGCCGCCGGCGCACCGCCAGAGCCCCAGCACGGCACCGCUAGGACGGCAGCCGGCCAGCAGGCUGCUUCGCCUCCCUUGAGCACAGAGAGCCAGGCGCCAGAGAGCCAGGAUUUGCCUACCUUGCAAGGGCCCCCCGAAGCGCCUGUGCAGGAGGAGAGCUUGCCACAGCCAGCCUGUCCUCUCAAUGGUAGCCCAGGACCGCUGAGCGAGAAGCCACUUCCGUCUGCAGCAUCGGAUGAGCGGGUAAAAGACGAGUUCAGUGACCUUUCUGAGGGUGACUCCUCGAGCGACGACGAGAACGACAAGAGAGCGCGAUCUUCAGACGACUCCUUCGAGCCUUACCCAGAAAAGAGGGUGCCCAACAACAGAAAAGCAGAAAGCAAAGACGCGAAGUUGGAAGAGCCCAAAAUAAGGAAGAAGCCAGGACCUAAACCAGGCUGGAAGAAGAAGAUCAAGUGUGAAAGGGAGGAGCUCCCCACUAUUUAUAAGUGUCCUUACCAGGGCUGUACAGCUGUGUAUAGAGGAGCAGAUGGCAUGAAGAAGCACAUCAAGGAACAUCAUGAAGAGGUGCGGGAAAGGCCCUGUCCACACCCGGGUUGCAACAAGGUGUUCAUGAUUGACCGGUACCUUCAACGUCAUGUGAAGCUCAUUCACACUGAGGUGCGGAACUACAUCUGUGACGAAUGCGGCCAGACGUUCAAGCAGCGCAAACACCUCUCCGUGCACCAGAUGCGCCACUCAGGAGCAAAACCUCUCCAGUGUGAAAUCUGUGGGUUCCAGUGCAGGCAGCGUGCGUCCCUCAAGUACCACAUGACCAAACACAAAGCAGAGACGGAGCUGGAGUUCGCCUGCGACCAGUGCGGGAAGCGCUUUGAGAAGGCCCACAACCUCAACGUCCACAUGUCCAUGGUGCACCCCCUGACCCAGACGCAGGACAAAGUCAAAGCGGCUGAGCCCGAGGCCCCACCGGACGCCGCUUUGGAGAUUGCCGAAAGCCAGCCUGUAAAAGCUGAACUGAGCACCCAACAGGAGCCCACCUGAAAGCGCAGCUGGAGGGGAGCACCCUGGCCCAGCCUGGCGGACGCCGCCACCCUCAAGGGGGAGUUUUACAUGUAUGUUUCAAUGGGUUCUCGGAAAAGGGGCUUUGUGGAAACCACUUCUGCUUUGCUCAUGAAAAGCUUUCCAUUGCUGUGAUGACGCUCUCUCUCUCUCUCUCUCUCUCUCUCUCUCUCUUUUUGCUUGUGUCCCACAUGGUGGCAACAGUGUCUUACAGAACAUCCGUCUUGCCAAAGGGAACAGGUUUGCCCUGCCUUUCCUCUGAUGGGGUGAUGAUCAAGGUCAGAAAGGUGGCACACCUGUUGUAAAGGUGUGUAAGCCCAUAGAUACAGACAGCGUGGCUGUCAAGAUGAUGGAGCCCCAAUGUAAACCCAGACAAUGUGUUUUAAAUUAAAUCCCAAAGCCAAUCUAAAAACAAAAAACAAAACCAGAACAUUUGUAACUUAAUUUUUAUUGUUACAAAGUCAUGGUUAUGCUUGUAAUAAAUUAUUUACACAAUA